AUGAAAAGGAGUCUAGCUGACACUUCAACUCGCAGCACAGCAGGUUGUCUGCCUGUGCCUCUGUUCAAUCAGAAAAAAAGAAAUAGACAGCCCCUCACUUCAAAUCCACUCAAAAAUGAACCAGGUACCAGUUCUGGGACCCAUACUUACAGCUUCUCUCCCACAUCAUUUGGCUGGGGAACUGCAAACCCAGAAGUGGCUGAACUACAGAAAGCAGCAAAUGACGGUACUAAAGUUUGGAACAGACAUGAGUACGCUCCUCUAACUAACACAACAGAUUCAAGAUCUGAUAGUGGAGUUAUUCGAAAAUUUGAGAGCCUUUCAAACAGUUUGAAAACUGUUCAGCCACAAAAAAACCCUGGUGGCCAUAAUUCAACUCAGCGUAUCAAAACAACAGAAACCACCCAAACAUACACAUCUAAAGGACAAUGGCCAGUCAAACCUAACACUAUUUCAAGAAGUCUGCAGGAUCAUAGUCUGGCAUAUAAAUUUAACCACAAUAUUCAGCAAAAUAAAAUUAAUGAAAAACAAUUUGAUUGUGUUCCAGAGGACAAAAGUCAGGAAGUUUCAUCAUCUCAAUUAAAAAUUAAAGAAAAAAAGAAUUCUUUGAGAAUCAUAUCUGCAGUCAUUGAAAGUAUGAGGCACUGGAGUCAAUAUGCUUAUAAAACUGCGCUAUUAUUUGAAGUUUUAGGCACACUUGAUUCUGCAGUCACACCUGGAGCAUAUGGGGCAAAGAAUUUUCUUUUGAGAGAUGGAAAGGAGAGUCUGCCUUGUGUAUUUUAUGAAAUUGACCGUGAUCUUCCAAGACUAAUUAGAGGUCGAGUGCACAGGUGCAUGGGAAACUAUGACGCAAAAAGGAACAUUUUCAAGUGCGUCUCUGUAAGACCAGCAACUAUUCAAGAACAAAACACUUUCCAAGAAUUUGUUAAAAUUGCAGAUCUUGAUAUGACAGCAUAUGUAAAAACAAUGAAUGAAAUUUAA